UAUUUAAAUUAAUUUAAUAUAAUUUAAAAAUAUUUAUUAAAUGGCAACUAAAAGAGUCUUGUUAGUUGGCUUGGGAAACUACACACACCCACAAACACGGCAUAGCAUAGGGUUACUUCUUUUAGAUUAUAUAGCAUCACAAUUAAAUCUCACUUGGUCAAAAAAGAAAUCAAUUCAUGCAUACACUACGCAAUCAAUAACAAUAUACAUUGAUCCUUCUCUAUCAUCUAAGCAAACUCAAACUAAACAGUCAAAGAAAGAAAAGAAAGCAAAAAAGAAAAGAUGGGAUUUUGGUAGUGAAUCAGAUGAAGACACUGAAAGAAACAUUAUUAACGGUGAUACUACUGAACAAGACGAGAACAAUUUAAUCGGACCUUCUUUACCUCAAAACAUAUCCUCGGCUCCUAUAUCUCCACCAAAUACGGUUGACCCCAGGAAAUUUAAACCAAAACCUGAUCCUGUUCCUUUAGAAUUGACUCUGUUGAAACCAUUAUUAUUAAUGAAUCAUAGUGGGAAAUCAGUCUCGAAAGCAGUACGGGAACUUGGAUUUUCUCAUACAAAUAUCAUUAUCAUUCAUGAUGAUAUGCAACGUGAAUUCGGUAAAAUUAGCAUAAAAAAUGGCGGUAGUGCAAAUGGACACAAUGGAGUCAAAUCAGUGAUCGAUCAUUUGAAAACUGAUGAAUUUCGAAGAUUACGUAUUGGUAUAGGAAGACCUCCAGGUGAAAUUAAUGAUAAGACACAUGAUAUUGUGACAGAUUUUGUUUUAUCGCGUGUUCCCCAUAAUGAAAUGGAAACUUACAAUAGUGACAUAUUUCCAAGAUGCAAAGAUGAACUAUUUAAAGCUAGCAUUCAGACUUUACAAUAGAUUUAGAAUUAGUACAAUAGAUUUAGAAUUAGCACGUGAUUAUGUACAUAAUCUAGCCUCUUAUGUGCUUAUACUGUAUACCGUUUGAGCAUAUUGUGUAUCCAUAGAUCCGCGUUAUAUACGAAAACCAUCUACUAUAUAAGUAACUUAGAU